AUGGAACCCGCAGGCUCGCCAGGGGAUCCGCCCGGCGAAUCCAUCGAAUCGCCCCUCCUACCCGCGCCGGAGACCAAGAUGCCGCCACCGGGACCGGCGGCGGCGGCGGCCAUCCAGCUGGGGGUGCCGCCCCCGUACCUCAGGACCCACGGGGCCAAGAUGGCGCGGCGGCACAUGUACGACUGGAUCGUGCUGCUCCUCCUCGCCGCCAUCGAGGUCGUGCUCAAUCUCAUCACGCCCUUCCACCGCUUCGUCGCCGAGUUCAUGAUGGACGACCUCCGGUACCCCAUGAAGCCCAACACCAUCCCCGUCUGGGCCGUCCCGAUAUACGCCGUCAUCCUGCCGAUGCUCAUCUUCGCCGCCAUCUAUGUCAAGAAGAAGAAUGCCUACGACCUGCACCACGCCAUACUAGGCCUGCUGUUCUCCGUGCUCAUCACCGGCGUCCUCACCGACGCGAUCAAGGACGGCGUCGGCCGGCCUCGCCCCAACUUCUACUAUCGAUGCUUUCCUGACGGGGUGCCGAACUACGAGGCGGUCACUCGACAAGUCAUAUGCCACGGAGACGCAAAAGUCAUCAAAGAAGGGCACAAGAGCUUCCCCAGUGGCCACACUUCAUGGUCCUUUGCCGGGCUGGGCUUCCUGUCGUGGUACCUUGCCGGCAAGAUCAGGGUGUUUGACCGGGGCGGACACAUUGCCAAGCUCUGCAUCGUGAUCCUGCCGCUGCUCUUCGCUGCCAUGGUCGGCGUGUCGCGGGUCGCAGACUACUGGCACCACUGGCAGGACGUGUUUGCCGGUGGAAUCCUUGGGCUGGUUGUUGCUUCGUUCUGCUAUCUGCAGUUCUUCCCGCAUCCGGCUAGCAAACACGGGCUGUGGCCUCAUGCAUUCCAACAUCACAAUCCUAACCCGGAAACUGAGAACCAAGGAACAACAGAUGCCCAUCAGUCGGUGCUGCCGCAUGAUCUGUCCGUGGUACAAUAUGUUACCUCCAUGGAGAUGAGAACCAAUGGCCGAGCGUUGGAUAACAUGGAGGCUGGCAGCGGCAGAGCUUGGUAA